CAAACACAAACACCCAUGCCCGAGGGAGGACUCGAACCUUCGCCGAGAUCAGCCGCACAGUCCAUGACUGCAGCGCCUAGACCGCUCGGCUAUUCCCACGCGGCAGUGUGUUUUAGUACGCGACGCCACUUCGACAGGACGCGCGGGGACGAGGAGGUGCCGAGCGGCGGCCGGUUCCGCGUGUCGGAGAACAACAACACGGUGCUGCUGUCGGUGGAGGGCGUGUCGGCGGCGGACGCCGGCCGCUACUCGCUGCUGGCCAAGAACGCGGCCGGCGAGGCGCGCGCGGCGCUGGAGCUGCGCGUGGGCCGCGACGCCCCCUGCUUCCUGCGCCGCCUCUCCGACCUGGCCGUCAAGGUCGGCACGCGCACGCGCUUCCUCGUCGAGCUCAAGGCGCCGCACGACGUCAAGGUGACAUGGCUGCACGAGGACCGGCCGCUGCCACAGGACGACCGCUUCCAGCUGGUGCGCGAGGGCGGCUUCUUCUGCGUGGACGUGGCGCCCGUCACCGUGCACGACUCUGGCCGCUGGACGUGCCUCGCGGAGAACGCUGUCGGCCGCUCCUGCUGCUCCUGCACGCUCAACGUGCUCGUUCCCAAGGCGUACAAGCCGCCGGAGUUCGUGGAGCCUCUGCGGGCGCUGCUGUCGGCGGCGGGCACGGUGUCCCUGGAGUGCAAGGUGGUGGGCGUGCCGACGCCGGCGCUGCGCUGGCUCAAGGACGGCAAGGAGAUCCGCGCCGGGGACGUGCUGGCGCUCACCGCGGACCCGGCGUCGCUCGGCACCUACACCUGCGAGGCCAGCAACUGCAUGGGCCGCGCCACCUCCUCCUCGCGCGUCAUCGUCGAGGGCGCCGCCGCCGACAGCUUUCGCGCAGCUGGGCCGCCUCCUGUGUUCAUCAAAGAACUGCAGCCCGCCAAAUGUCGCAUUGGAGAUCCUUUGACGCUUUCCUGCCAAGUGGCGGUGCCGCCGUGGCCGCGGGCCGUCUCGUGGUACAACAGCGCGGGCCGCGUGGAGCCGGGCGAGCGCUACCUGGUGCGCGAGGACGGCCUGGGCGGAUUCUCGGUGCACGUGGUGGCCGUCGAGGCGGCCGACGACGGCGACUGGAAGUGCGUCGCCACCAGCGACCUGGGCGCCGCCGCCUUCUCCAGGGCCGCCGUCGCCGUCCACUACCCGAAGAACUACCGGAAGCCGCGGUUCCUGGAGAGCCUGAAGGCGGUGCUGACAGAGGAGGGCCUGGUGUCGUUCGAGUGCAAGGUGGUGGGCUUCCCCACGCCGCAGCUGCGCUGGUUCAAGGACGGCCAGGAGCUGCGGCCGGGCGACGUCUACCAGCUCACCGGCACCAACUCGCUAGGCUCCUACUCGUGCAUCGCGCGCAACUGCAUGGGCGAGGCGACGAGCACGGCCGAGCUGACGGUGGAGGACAUCCAGAGCCAGCUGAGCGACGAGGAGCGGCUGGCGCUGCUGUCGCACAACCAGGCGCCGCGCUUCAUCCGCGGCCUCAAGAGCUGCGAGGCGCGCAUCGACGAGCCCUUCCGCUUCACCGUCCAAGUCACUGUAUCCCCGGAGCCAGUGGUCACGUGGUACCGCGACGACGACCUGGUGGCGGAUUCCGACCGAUACGAGAUCAUUAUGGAGACGCUGGGCACCGUCAACCUCGAUGUCAAGCGACUCGAGAUCGUCGACCAGGCUGAGUGGAAGUGCGUUGCAUCGAACGACUUCGGGCACAGCGUAACAUCCUGUUUCCUGAAGCUGGUAAUUCCGAAACACUACAAGAAGCCGCGCUUCCUCGAAUGUCUGAGGGCCAUAUUAUCCGAAGAGGGCGCCGUCAAUCUGGAAUGCAAGGUGAUCGGCGUACCGCAGCCGGUGCUGAAGUGGUACAAGGACGGCGCCGAGCUGAAGCCGGGGGACAUCCACCGCAUCAUCUCGGGCCAGGACGGCACCUGCUGCCUCGGCACCUACACCUGCGAGGCGCACAACUGCAUGGGCACCGUCGCCUCCUCCGCCUCUCUGCUCGGCUUCGAGGAGCGCGUGAUGAAGGCGGAGGCGCCGGCUAUGGCUGUGGCGGCGGGGGCGGCGGCGGGGGCGGCGCACCCGCUGGCGCGCAACACGUCGCUGUCGACCAUCCAGGAGGAGCGCACGUCGCAGCUGUGCGACGUGCUCAGCGAGCGGCCCGACCUCAGCUUCUCGUUCGACGGCCGCGAGGUGUCCGUCUCGCUGUACGAGACGCCAGACCUCACGGAGGAGCAGGCGCUCGCCGUCGUCGAGAUGUACGCCGAGCAGCUGUCCGAGCACGUCUCCGAGCACAACGUCGUGGACCUGCCACCGAUGCGGUUCACGAAGGAGUCGUCGCAGUCUGGCAACCUGCUGAUGGAGGCGGUGGUGAUCGACGUGUCGGGGGAGUACUUCACGACGGCCGACGAGGACCUGCGCACGGACGCCGACCUCGAGGAGCUGUCCAUCACCGACGACAACGGCCAGCAGCCGCAGCUGCCCCGGGACGACGACACGGCCGCCGAGGCGUCGCCGCCCGUCAGACCUCCCAGGGCGAACAAGCAGCAGUCGAGCGCCGACAACACGUUCCACAGCCUGUCGGACGACACGCGCUACGACUCACCCGCGAGCGGCGGCGUCUCGCCCCCGGCGGCGGCUGCGGCGGCUGCUGGGGAGGCGGGCGUGGUGCGGCCCAAGCGGCGCUCCGUCGAGAGCGGCCAGGGCGAAUCCUUCGAGAACCUGUCGUCCGCCAGCGAGGCGUCCGUGGCGCGGCCCGGCCAGAUCCUGCGCAAGGGCACGCUGCGCAAGCGCAGCCGCUCAAUCGACACCGCCGCCUCCGCCGAGGACGUGUCUGGCGGAGAGACGCCGCUGCCGCGCCGGCGGCAGCUGUCGCUGGACAUGGAGGCGCCCAAGGACGACUCGUAUUCGGAGGAGGGCGACGGGCUGAAGACGCGGCUGCUGCGCGACGCGGCGGGCCGCCGCUCCGCCAAGACGCCGUCCGUGGAGUCGGUGCGCGAGGAGGAGCCGCUCAUCCCCACGACCAUCGUGACCGAGGUCGAGAGCCGCCAGCAGCAGCAGCAGCAGCAGCAGCAGCGCACCCUCGACAUCGACCUGCCCACGCUGCACGCGCCGCCGCCGCCGUCACUGCAGGAGAUCCAGCGUGGCCUGGCCGCAGUGGAGGAGCAGGUGCGGUCCGAGUCAGCGUCGGAGCCGCAGCUGGCGCGCACCAGCCUGUCAGUGCUGGAGACGCUGUCGCAGCCGGUGGAGCAGCUGCGGCGCGGCCUGGAGCAGCCGGAGCAGCUGGCGGUGGAGCAGCUGGCGCAGCCGGUGCAGGAGCUGCGCCGCGGCCUGCAGCUGGUGGAGCAGCAGCGCGCCGUCAUGGCCGAGGAGGACGACCACUCGCUGCUCGAGCGCACCAGCGCCUCCAUCCUGGAGACGGUCGCGCAGCCCGUCAGGCAGCUCAGCCAGCUGCUCCAGCAACAGUCGGCAGAACCGGCGCAGGGCGGCGCCGUGUCGGAUCGCCGCCUCUCGCAGGUGUCGGAGCAGCUGCAGCUGCAGCAGCUGCAACAGCAACAGCAGCAGGAGGCGGAGCCGUCGGCUGUGCUGCACGGCAUCGCCCGCCCUGUGCUGGAACUGCAGCGCGGCCUCACCUUCCUGCAGCAGCAGGCCGUGCUGGAGGCUAGUGGUGACACUCGGCUGUUCGAGAACGCCGGCCGGUCAAUCCUGUCGACGCUGGAGAGACCGUUCCAGGACCUGCAGCGGGGCAUCGCGGCGCUGGAGGAGCAGGUGGGCGGCGAGGGCCCGUCCUCCGGCGUGCUGGGCGCGUCCAUCCUGGAGGCGGUGCUGUCGCCGCUGCGCGAGCUGCAGAGCGGCAUCGCGGAGGUGCAGCGGCAGGCCGCCACCGAGGCCGAGGAGGACGGCUUCGAGCCCGACGUCAAGCGCUACGCCGUGCUCAAGACGCUGUCGGGGCCGGUGGCCGAGCUGCAGCGCGCCGUCGUCGAGAUCGGCGAGCGCUUCAGCGUGGAGGCGGCGGUGGCCGGGGGCGGCCUGACGCGCCGCGCCGUCUCCGUGUCCAAGCUGGCAGUGCUGCGCGGCAAGACCGUCUCGGAGACCGAGGGCCUCGCCGUGCUGGGCAACCUGGCGCCGCCGCUCGUCAAGCUGCAAAAGGAGGUCAUCCGGGCGCAGAACGAGCUGCGGGCGCGGCCGCCGGAGGGCGGGGGCGGCAGCGAGGGCGGAGCGGAGGGCGCCGCCGAGCAGGCGGCCGCGUGGGGCGCCGUCGCCGUCAGGGCGCUGGCCAAGCCGCUGGCCGACUUCCGGAGGGGCCUGCUGGCGGUCGAGCGGCAGCUGGCGGCCGAGUCCGAGGAGGAGCCCAUCCGCGAGGGCCAGAUCGCCGCGGCGCUGCGGGCGCUGGCCGACCCCGUCGCCGACCUCAUGAGGGGCAUCGACGGGCUGCAGAAGGCCGAGGUGGGCCAGCCCAACCAGGAACUGAUCCAGCCGUUCCAGGAGCUGCAGAGGGGCCUCACUCAGGUGCAACAGGUCGUGUUCGAAACGUCUCCCGAGCUCAUACCGGCCUCCGGUGUCGUCAAGAAACUGACACUGUCGUUACAGGAGGUGACUAAAAAACUAACUGACGUAGACGCUGCAGUUGUAGGAUCAUUCACGCCUGAAACAGAACCGGCGUCCAAAUUAACAGGCCUGGCUCAGCCGAUGAAGCAAUUAAAGAAGGGUCUGGUUCAGAUAGCCCAAGCGACUAGCUUCUCUGCAGAAGACAUCCCUGCCAUUGCUACUCUCGUACAACCGCUGGUUCAACUCCAGAAGGGUCUCGAGAAGAUGGAGAGGCAGUUGACUGCUGCUGCUCAGUCUGUCGACCCCACACCCGAAAAGAAACUCACCGCUAUAAUAGAGCCCAUUAAGGAAAUGCAGAAAGGAAUCAGAGCUAUUAAACGACAAGCUAUCCUCGAACCCCAGUCUACAAAUAUGGAAUGUCUCGAAAGCCUCGUCCAGCCCUUCGAAAAUCUGAAGAGGCAACUGGAGGAAAUAGAAAGAAAGAGACCUGAGUCGCCUGGUAUAAGAUUGCUGGACGAGGUGGUAAGCGCAGCAGAGGCGCUGCACGCCGGAAUAGAGUCUAUAGAGAAACACGCUGCUCUCCUAGAUGCACGAGGCAAGAGCAAGCUGGAGGUCCUGAGUACCCUUCAGGAGCCACUAACGGAGCUGCGUACCCAGUUAUCUGAGGUGGAACGCUGUAGUCUGGAAGGCUCUGGCAAAGACACUGUUACAGAAAUUAUAACAAUUUCAGCUUUGAAGAAGCUUGCGGAACCACUGAAAGAAAUGACGAAAGCGAUAGAAAACAUUGAUCAGCGGCUUCAUUAUGGAACAGAAGAAGUUACUGAGAAAAUGGACUUACCAGACAUUAAAAACUUGGCGAGUCCAAUCAGGGAAUUACAACGAAGCCUUUCUGCUGUUCAGCAGCAAGCCAUAUUAGAAUCUGGCGUAGCGCAGGAUCUGACAGGACCGUCCAUCCUAGAGAGUCUGUUUCAGCCACUGCAAAAACUUCAGAAGAGCUUGGUGACUGUCCAAGCUCGAACACAAGAGACUACCCAGCUGAAAAAGUCGAGCUCUGCCGUCAUUCUGGAACUAGCACAAUCUGUAGAAUCGCUGAAGACUGAAAUAGAUACUCUGCAGAAGGUGAAAGUGACAAAAGUGAAGCCCGAAGUGCAGACCGGGACUGUAACAGUCCUAGAAGCACUAAAAAAACCUCUGGAGGAAAUGCACAAAUCUGUAGCGACCAUUGAGGAGCAGAUUGUAAAAGAAGCAGAGGCUAGGGGAAUACAGUCUGAAGUGGCAGAUCUGUCCGUAUUGGAAGGAUUUAUCGAACCGAUAAGGGCUCUAGAAGCAGAGUUGAAAUCUAUUGAUAAGGCCGCAUUAGAGGAAAAGUCCGCUGCCAUCUCAGUGCUUGAGAAGUUGUCAGCUCCAGUGCAGGAGUUGCGGCGGACUUUCGAGGCAGCGGAGCAACUGGCGACUCAGGAGGCGGAACCAGUGUACGGCAAGGCGUGCAUUUCUGCGCUGCAGAUACUUUCAGAGCCCAUUCGCAGCUUCGAGCAAUCUCUUGCCGCCGUGGAAGAGCACCGGGAAGCGGCGGCGAGGACCACGCAGGUCAAGGAGCGCGUGAAGGUCAUCUCCGACGUAGCCAAACAAGUGCGGCGUGUGCACCACGGCGCGGAGGCGCUCGAAAAGUGCGCGUCGGCGGAACCCAAAACGAAACUGAGGCGCAAGUCGGGCCUGGCUGCGCUGGGCACGCUCUGCGCACCACUCGAAGAAAUUCUGACCGAACUUCAGUCAGCCGAGGCCAAGAUAACUUCGCCUAAGGAGACAGUGUCCGAAGAGGCCUCCGUCCAGUCGCUGGAGAGCUUAUCGCAGCCACUUGAGGCCUUCGAGAGCGCCGUCCAAACUGUGCAGCGGCUCAUCUCCGAUCCAAACAGUGCAGAAGCUGAGCGGAGUGCAGCAGUAACCGCUCUCGCGAGUGCUGUCAGUGAACUGCGGCAGGGCGUAGCCAAAGUUUACCAGCAGGCUGUGCUCGAAUCGGGGGUCGGACCCGGAAUGGACAAGUCCUCCGUCCUCGCGCCUCUAACGGCACCUCUGCACCGUCUUCAGAAGGCGCUCGCAGCGGUAGAAGAGCGAAAGAUGCUGCGAGCCGUCAAGAUCGAGCCGAGCGUCCAUAAAGCCAGCAUUCUAGUCCUGGAAACCAUUUGCCAUGCUGCUGAAGACCUCGCUCGAGCAGCCGACGUCCGAGAGGAGGCUAAAGCCACUGCACUUGCAGUACUGGCUGAGCCACUGCUGAAGCUCAAAUCCAGUGCCGAGCAGGCAGAACAGCGGCUCGUAGAGUCCAGUGUAAAGGAGCUCCCACAUCGGGCGACAGUCGACAUACUACAAGGUGUAGCGCAGCCGCUGGAAACACUGGCUUUGGCCGUAGAGCAGGAGCAGCCGCUGGAAGAAGUGGCGGCAUAUCUAGAAAAAGUACAGCACGGAAUAGCGACACUACAGCGUCAGUCCUCUGAAGAGGGCACAGCACCGGAGAAACGUAUUCUGGCAGAAAUGGCAGGACCGUUGAGAGAGCUUCAGCAGAAAUUAGUGGUCCUGUCUGAGGAAGUAGCCAAGAAGGUUACGGUCAAAGAGGUACCGGUGCCAGAGACGCUCAAGGCCGUGCGUUCGCGUGUAGACGAAAUAAAGAAGGACAUCGCUCUUAUAGAGAGAACGGGCGAAGAAAUGACGGAAGCAGCUGCCAAGGAAACCUUAAAUCAGGUGAAAGAGAACCUCGCACAGAUACAUGAGCAAGUCCUGCAAGAAGCAGAGGAGGAGAAGCUUGGUUCGGCUCCUGCUGGCACGUCAGUACUGGAAGCGUUGGCGACACCAGUGGAGGAACUGCAGAAAGGUGUAGCUAUAAUCGAGGAGCAGAAGAUGCUGGAGACAGAUAUCGAAGCGAAAGUAGCUGCCAUUCUCCAAACUCUUGCCGGGCCGGCGCAAGAGUUACAGCGAAGUUUGGAGCGAAUAGAGCACCAGGUUCAGGCCCGAAGUGCCACCACUGAAGCGCUUCCGUCGUCCCAGCAGGCAGUGGUGUCUGAAGUAGAUCGAGAAGGAACGAGUGCCGUCCUCGCUACAGCUGAGUCGAAGAUUACGGGAGCCUGGGAAGAAGCCAAAACGACGUCUCCACUGGCGCCGUCGGCAGUGGCCGUCGAGUCCCGCGAGCAACAGUUAGAGAAGGCGUCCGUUACAGCGGUGCAGGCGCUGAGCGAACCCCUCCAGCAGAUCCGCCAGGCUCUGGCGCAGGUGGAGGAAUGGGCCGAGGAAGUGAGUGGCGAGUCGCGAGCGGUGCUCGCCGCGCUGUCGCGGCAGGUGUCUGAGCUGGAGAAGGGCGUCGCCGCCGUGGAGCAGCAGGUGGUGCUGGAGACGACGGCGCACGACGAGCAGGCGCAGCUGCGGCUGGAGGUCCAGAAGAGCGUCGCCGCCCUCGAGCAGAGCGUCGUCCUGCUGGAGAGCGUCGGAGAGCCAGAGGCCGUCAGGAAGAGGAGCCUCGAGUCGCUCAAGGCCGUCGUCACGCCGGUGGACGAGCUGCAGCGCAGCCUCACCCAGAUACAAGAGGAGGUGAAGCACGCACAGCAGGUGGAGUCCACCGGCGCUGGCCUGGAGAUAGUGGAGUCGAUGGCGGAGCCCCUGGCGCAACUGCAGCGCAACCUGGCGGCCCUGGAGCAGCGGGUCGUGGCGCAGGUGGUCGACCACGAGGAGCAGCGGUCGCUGCUGCAGGAGGUGGCGCAGCCGCUGCACGACCUGCAGGCUGCACUCGUCAGGAUAGAGCAGAAGGUGGUGCAGCGCGGCAUCACGCUGGUCGAGCAGCAGGUGAUCCUGGAGGCGAUGGGCGAGCCGCUGUCGCCCUCCGCCUGCGUCUCCGUACUCGCCAAACUCGCCGAGCCGCUCACCGAGCUCCACAGGGGCGUCGCGCUCGUCCAGCAGCAGGUUGUGCUCGGAGAGCGAGCAGAGGCCCUAUCCCAGAAGCCGGCAGCGGUGGCAGUGCUGGCCCGGCCACUGGAGGAGGUGAGCCGCGGCCUAGCGCAGGCCGAGCUCCAGCACCUGCUGGAGGCUCCAGAGGCGACGCUGUCCAGCGCCAGCGACGUGGUCUCGCUGCUCCAGACGCUCGCAGAGCCGCUGCGCGAGCUGGAGAGGAACGUGGCGCAAGUCCAGCAGCAGGUGGCGCUGGAGGCUAAGGGAGACUCGCUGGCAGACAGGACCUCAGCAUCCGUGCUGGAGACGCUGGCCCAACCCUUGCGAGAGGUGCAGCGCGGCAUAGCGACGGUGGAGCAGCAGGCGGCGCUGGAGGCCGCCGGACGAGUGUCCGCCGCCGAGGGCCUUUCACUGCUGAAGGAGGUGGCGCAGCCUCUGAGGGAGCUGCAGCUCGCUGUGGCGACGGUGCAGCAGCAGGUCCUGAUGGAGGCCAAGGACGUUUCCAUCUCAGACGCUACCGACAUGUCCGACCUAAAGACUGAGGUGGUGUCGACAGAAGAGCCUCUCAGGCAGGUAGCUUCCAAGCAGCAGGCAGACGUUCUGGAGGCGAGGGACGCGUCACUGUCCGAAAACGAGGGUGUGUCAGCGCUGAAGACGUUAGCAACUCCAGCUGAAGAAAAGAGACUAGCAUUGGCAACAACAGAACAGCAGAUAGUCAUGGAAGGAAAAGAGGUUUCUCUCUCUGGAAAGGAAGACAUUUCUGCCCUCAAGGCUCAAGCGACACUCGUCAAAGAAACACACACGGCUGCAGUGGCUGUCGAACAACAGACUGCAUUAGAAGCGAAAGGCACCUCACUUUCAGGAACUGCUGACGUCGCCAAGCUAAAGGAGACGGCUAAAUCUGCCGAAGAACCUCUGAAAGCCGUUGCCAUAGUAGAGGAACACGUUAUCUUGGAAGCAAAAGACGAAUCUAUCUCUGAUGGCACAAAUGUCUCGCAGAUGGAAACCUUGGCUUCUGUGUCCGAUGAACCCAUCCGCCAUGUCGCUGGAGUGCUGCAGCAAACUGCUUUAGAAGCGAGGGACGCAUCUAUUGCUGAGCAGCUCGGUGCAUCAGAGCUGAAAACCGCGGCUGUUUCCACAGAAGAGCAGCCAAAAGGUAUAGCAACCACUCGAGAGGAAAUAAUCUUAGAAGGGAGAGAGCAGUCACUGUCUGAUCAGGAGAGUGUUUCACAACUGCGAACAGAGGCGUUGGAAUUGUCAGAAGCUCAAAAGGGAAUUGCGGUAGCUGAACAGCAAGUGGCACUCGAAGCCAGAGAGAAGUCUCUUUCUGACAGAGAGAGCGUGUCUCGUUUGAAAGAAGUGGCUGCGCCCGGUGUAGAGCUACGGGAAGGCGCCGUCUCGUCUGAGCAGCCAGUGGCUCUAGAGACAGCAGGACACAUUACGUCAGAAGCAGAGAGUCUCUCGCAGCUGAAAACAGUGGCGAAGUCUGCUCACGAAGUGCAUCACGGAAUCGCAACUACAGACGAACCGACUGUGCUCGAGGCUGCCGGCCAAAGUAUUUCUGAGGAAAGUGGCAUAUCUAAGCUUAAAACGGCCGCAAGUCCUACAACAGAAGCUCAGAAAAUGUUAGCUACAGCACAGCAAGAGAUGGUUCUCGAGGCGAGGGACAAGUCGUUCUCCGAAGCUGGAGGUCUAUCUGAGCUGAAAAAGCAAGCUGAAUCUGCCCAGGAAUCGCUGAAACAGGCUGCUGUAGCUACUCAACACGAUGUAAUGGAAACCUUUAAAGAGUCGGCAGUGGGGGGAAGAACGGAGGCUGAACCGGAGACCUUCGCAGUGGCCUCUCAAGAGCCGACGAGAGCCACCGCUGUAGCAGAACAGCAGCAAGUCCUGGAACAGAGAGAAGCGUCACUGUCGGAAGGGCCGAGCGUGAGCCAGCUGAAGACGACUGCCGAGUCGCUAAAGGAAGAGCUCAAGGCGGUGGCCGUUGCAGAGCAGCAGGUCGUUCUCGAAGGUAGGGGCACGUCGCUGGCAGAUGAGGCCAGCCUGUCGAAGCUCGAGACCCUGGCGAUGCCGGCGUCGGAGCUGGCGAAAGAGACGGCAGUUGCGGAACAGCAGGUGGUGCUAGAGGGCGGGGAAGUGGCCAUGGCCGAGGAGGCGAGCGCGUCCCAGCUGCAGACGCUGGCUCGUCCAGCGGAGGAGCUGCACCGCGCGCUUGCUGCUGUCGUGCUCCAGACGACGCUGGAGGAGGCCGGAGAGGCAGUCCCUGCGGCGCCGCUGCUGGAGGCUCUGGCACAGCCGCUGCGCGAACUCAGGCAGGGGCUGGCCGUCGUCGAGCAGCAGCUGCCGCUGGAGCAGGCGGUCCACCGGCCGGAACCAACACCAUCUGACGCCUUAUUUGCGGUUGCGCGCCCGGUGCACGAUCUGCUGGAGGCGGUGGCGGCGGCAGAGCAGGUGGUGCUGGAAGGCGCUGGCGGCGGCAGUCCUGCGGAGGCGGCGGAGGCGCUGCACGCGCUGGCCGCGCCGGUGCAGCAGCUGCAGCGCGCGCUGGCGGCGGCGGAGGCCGUGGCGCAGGGCGGCCCGCCCCUGGAGGCGGCGCAGCAGCUGCCACCGCAGCGGCUGGAGGCGCCGCAGCUGGCGCGCGCGCUGACGCAGCUGCAGCGCGACCUGGCCGUCGUCUGCCGCCACGACCACGACCUGCUCGAGACCGCCGCCUCCGACGACGACGACGCCACGCUGCGCACCGCCGACCUGCCCACGCUCGCCUCUUCCGGGGAAGCCUCCGGCGCCAUCGCCGUGGCUGACAGGCUGUCCGUGGCGCAGGAGAUGACGGAGCAGCGGCCGCGGGCCACGGUCACCGAGCACCGCGUCGCCCUCGCAGAGCCGCCGGAGGGGCAGCGGGAAGGCGCCGAAAGCCAGCAGACUGAAACGGGGAGAGUUGGGGGCGAAGAGCAGGUGGACAUUAAGCAGAAGGCGGAGGACGAACGAGGUCUAUCAGCCACUGAGUCCUCAACACAGGAAGAAAUUAGAAAAGAACAGCUUACUGAGGAAGUAAGACGUAAAGAGCUGACUGCAGAAAAAGUUGACAACGAAUCUGAGAAGGCACUGCUGAAGGAUGAUGCAGCUAAGCAAGAAGAAAAGCCAAAAGUUGUCGCGGAAAAAGCAGGAAAGGAAACAGAAGAAGAUAAAAGUAAAAUUGACGAAACGAAAGACGAAACAGUGCUGAAAUCUAAGAUCAAAACAAAAACUGAAAUAGAGACUGAAACUGAAAUAGAAAAAUUGCAAUCGGAGAAAGAAGGAAAGAAAAUACAAGAACAAGAUCUGAAGAAUAAAGAAAAGAAAACAAAGGGAGAUAAAACUGAAGUUGAGGCAAAAAAAGCUGACGAAGGUAUGGCUGCAGGAAGAACAGAACAAGAAAUUAAGCCUAGAGAACAAGUGACAGAAGCGAAGGAUACAACAGAUGUGGAAGUAGAACUGAAAGGUGACAAAACUAAAGAAAAAGCAAUACAACAGACUACUACUAAGGGAACAAUUGAUGAUCGCGAAGUGUCCGAGCAUGUGAAAGACACAGAUAGAAGACAGGACAAAGUCGAAUUUCAGUCAGAGACAUUGCCUGUAAAAGAAGUUGAUGACAAGAAUAAACAAAAAGGGGAUUUGGAAACACCGGAGAAAUCUACCGAAAGAAUGGAUGAAAAUAAAGCAAAAGAAAUUGAUAUAAAGGCGGAAGUGCAACUAAGAGGAAAGGAAGAAAAGAAACCAUUGGAUGAUAUUACAGAAAAAAGAAAAAAUUCUGAAACGUCUGAUGAUACUGGAAAGGAAGAGCUCAAGAGGAAGUCUAGUCCAAAGGGUAAGAAACCGUCACCUAAGAAGAAAACAGAAGAAUUAAAAACUGAAGUCGGCGGAGAAAUGAAAACAGCGGAGGAGCCAGCUCCUGCAAAUAAAGAAGCUUUAGAGGAUAAAGCGAAAGAAGAACAGAUAAAACCAUUAGACGACGAGGAAAUGAGAAAAGAGGAAGAACAAAAGAAAAGCGCAUCAAAGUCUGAGAAAUCUGAUGCUAAAACAGAAGACCUUGAGAAGAAGGAAGCCCCAAUGCUUAAGAAACUGUCGCCUAAGAAGAAACAACAAGAAGAAAGUAAAACUAAAGUUGAAACACCGAAAAAAACCGUUGAGGAAUCAGAUGAUAAAGAUAAACGAAGAUUCGAGCAAAAAUUGAAAGAUGAACGUGGAAAGCCGUUAGCUGAUAUUGAAGAAUAUAAGAAAGAGGAAGAUACUAAAAAAAGUGAGCCAACAUCUGAAAGAAAUGAGGAGGCUAAAGCAGAGGAACUCAGAAAGGACACUCCAAGGCUGAAGAAACUCUCACCUAAGAAGAAAAAAGAAGAAGAUAAGAGCGUGCCUAAAGAUGAGGAAAAACAGAAAACUGCAGAAGAUUCUGAUCUUAAGAAUAAAGCAGAGUUAAACCAGAUAUCAGAGGUAACAAAAUCUCUUGACGAUAUUGCAGAAAAGCAAAAAGAAGAAGACAAGAAGAAAAGUGAUCUGAAACCUGAAAAGGCUCAGGAAGACGCAACAGAAGAAAUCAAGAGGAAGGAAAGUCCAAGACAUAAGAAGUUGUCACCAAAAAAGAAAAAAGAAGGAGAGAAAAGUAUCUCUAAAGAUGAGGAAGAACGGAAAACUACAGAAGAAGCUGACGUGAUAAACAGAGGGGAGGUUGAUGAGAAAUCGAAGGAAAUAAUUAAAUCUCUUGAUGAUAGCGCAGAAAAGCAGAAAGAAGAAGAGAAGAAGAAAAGCGAUGUGAAAUCAGAAAAGGACCAGGAAGCUUCAACAGAAGAACUCAAGAGGAAGGAAAGUCCAAAACUUAAGAAGUUAUCACCAAAGAAGAAAAAAGAGGAAGAGAAGAGUAUAUCUAAAGAAGAGGUAGAACAGAAAACCACGGAAGAAUCUGAUCUUAUAAGUAGAACUGAAUUAGACCAGAAAUCAAAAGAAGUAACAAAAUCUGUUGGUGAUAGCGCAGAAAAGAAGAAAGAGGAAGACAAGAAGAAAAGUGAUGUGAAAUCAGAAAAGGACCAGGAAGCUACAGCAGAAGAACUCAAGAGGAAGGAAAGUCCAAGACUUAAGAAGCUAUCACCAAAAAAGAAAAAAGAAGAAGAGAAAAGUAAAGCAAAGGAAGAAGAAAAUCUCAAGGAAAGUAAAAUAGACAAGAAAGUAAAAGACCAGAAAGAGAUACAAGAUACAAAAAGUGAAACGCUUAAGAGAGCAGAAGAUGCAGAAGUAAUUGCGAAAAAGAAAGAAGAUAUUAAAGAUGGAAAAACACAGAAAGAUGCUAAAGUAGAAGAGAAGAGACAUACAGAAGUUGCAACUCCGGACAUAAGCGUUGAGCAGCAGAAAAAGGAGGAAACCGAACAGGUGCAAUCGAAAUAUCGUGAUGAACAAGCAAAGAAAACCGACGAACAGGGAGGUGAAAAAGUUUAUCGUAAGGAAGUCUCAGAAAGUAAAAAACAAGAACAAGACUUGAAGAAAGAAGUUCCAGGUAAAGCAACAAUAGAAGAAGUGCAAUCAAGUCAAACAGAGAUACCGAAACAAGCAGCAGAGAAACUGAAGGACGAUGGCAAACAGAAACAAGAUGAAAAAGAAAUUGACGAAGUUGGUAAUCGGAAGGGCACUAAAAAAGACGAAGCAAAAUCAAAGAAGAGAAAAGAGUCCCUGUCAGAAACAGUAGUGAAGAAAGAAAAAGAAAAGACUGAAGAUAAAUUAGAAGACCAUAAGGCAGUAAUUACAAAAGAUGGAGAAGUAAUGGGAGAACAUGCAGAUGUAAAGCUCAAGGAAAAGAAAGAAGUAGAAGAUGAGGCGCAGAAGUUGAAAAAAGAAGAAACUGACAAACUCAAAGGCAAGGAUUCUAAGGUGAAGUCAAAGGAGAAGGAAAAUGACCUAAAGAAGGAAAAAGAAGAAGAGAAGAAAGAGCAAACAACCGAACCUGACAAGCAUGAAGAUUCAAUUACAAUUUCAAAAUCGAAACAGGCCGCAGAGCAAAAACAAGAUGCUAUAGAUGGAACAACGGAAAAGAAGAGUAUUAAGCAAAAGCAAGACGUCGUCCAAAAAGAUAUGGGAAAGGAAGAAGAGGGCAGUAAACAGAAGCCUGCAGAAAGGAAACAAGAAGAAAAGAAAAGUAGCGAGCAAAGAGAGACUGAAGAGAAGGAAAAGGUCCCACAGGUUAAGAAACGCGGUAGCAAAAAGAAAGAGGUGUCUGAAUCAAAGGAAAUAGCAGACAGUCAGAAAACAGCUAAAUUAGAGGCGAAAAAAGAUAGUGGAGAAUCUGAAGGAAAACCAGGCGAACGUGAACCGGGAGUAGAAGAAACGAAAAAGAAAAAAGAGGAUGCGAAACGAGAAAGUAAAGUGGACGAAACUUUCGUGUCUAAAGGUACCGGGGAGGAAAGUGGAAAGGUUGAUGGUGAAGAAAGAACGAAGAAACGGGAAAGAGAAAGUAGCGAAAAAUUAGUUGAUGAUAAAGCAACUGAAAAGAAGUCUGAGAUCAAAGAACAGGUAGCAAAACUGUCAGAGAGGGAAGUUAAAGAGGUAAAGGAAGUAAGUGGUAAGGAAAGGAAGGACACAAGUGAAACUGAAAAUGAAGGUAAGGUAAGAAAAAGAAGAUCAGUUAAAGGUAAGGUGGAGAGGAAAGAUGAAGAAGAGCCAGUGAGCGACACUGGUAUCACAAAGGGAGAGGACUCAGUGGCAGACAGCAAGUCGUACUCAACCGAAAAAAUGAGCGACAGGGUGUUGGCGAGAAAAGAGGGUGUUGCCGACGAAUCCGACGUCUCCUCUAGGAGGAGAGAGGUUGCGGCGGACAGGGCCCGUUCUGAAGAAGUCGAGGAUUCGGACACGCUUAGCGGGCCCGGCGCAACCCUGCUCCCGGAAGACUCUGACAUCUCCCUGGAGGAGCCGUCCUCACGCUGGCAGCGCCGGCGUCCCUGGAGAACCGAAGAUCGGUCCAGGUCCUCCGACAGCAGCGCCACCAUCACCUCCAGCAGCGGUCGCCGCCCCAGGCUCGACAUGCUGAGCAGCUCGGCGAGCAAGCCGCAGUUCGUGACGCGGCUGCGCGAGCGCUCUGCGGCGGCGGGCUCGCGGCUGCGGCUGGUGUGCUGCGCGCUGGGCUCGCCGGCGCCCGCCUUCCGCUGGCUCAAGGACGGCCGAGAGCUGCCGGCGGGCGAGCGCCGCCGCUACCGCACCGCCUGCGACCACUCGGGGCUCGCCACGCUCGAGAUCUUCAGCGCCGCGCCAGAGGACACGGGAACCUACUCGUGCGAGGCGUCCAACGAGGCCGGCUGGGCCUCCACCAGCGCCGAGCUGCGAGUCACCGACCACCUGCAGCCGACGCCCGCGCCGCCCACCUUCACCAGGGCCAUCCGCGACUCGUACCGCUCCAGCGAGGACGAACUGGUGCUGGAGUGCCGGGUUCGCAGCUCGCCCGCCCCCGCCGUCAGCUGGCUCAAGGACGGCCGGCCGCUGCCGCUGGCGGGGUCGGGCGCCGCCGACGCGGACGUCGACGGCCGCUUCUCCGCCAGCGAGCUGGCCGACGGCGUGUGCCGGCUGGUGGUGCGCGCGCCCUCCGCCCACGUCGACAGCGGCGUCUACACCUGCGUCGCCCGCAACGAGCUCGCCGAGGAGCGCGUCUCCGCCAACGUCGUCUUCCCAGGUCGUGACCAGUGGCCGGAGGGACCUGCAGACUUCCGAAGACCUUAUUUUACUAGUGCGCUCUCCGACCACUACGUCUCCAGCGGCGCCACCAUCGCACUACAGGUCCAGAUCGCUGGCUCGCCGCAGCCGGCGGUGUCGUGGACGCUGGACGGGCACCCGCUGCGGCCGCCGCUGGCGCGCAGCUGGGAGGAGUCGGGCGUGCACACGCUGCUGCUGAGCGGCGCCGCGACGCCCCGCGACGCCGGCGUCUACCGCUGCCGCGCGCACAACGCC